AGUUUUUGUGAUUUCCGUUGAAGGUGUUUAAGGUUAUUCACAAUCGAUAAUCAUUUGACGAAUCAGAGCUUUGAAACUGGACAUAAUUGUAUCAAAGGGUCGAUAAUGCUUGCCUCCCACAUUCCACCUUCCUCGUUGGAACCCGGCUGCAGCACAUAUAAGCCCCUUCAAUCCUGCGAUUUUAAUCAACAUGGCCAGCAAUUCAGCACCUACAGCCCUUCAGAAGAAGCACUUAGCUCAGGUGCAGGAAGGUAUAUUAUCAUAUCUCUUACCAUAUCCGAAGUUGUGCUGAUCACCACUUCCAGGUCUCAUCAGCAAAACCACCACGUUACGACGAAGAUCGCAGGCCACACCAACAGUUCAAGACUCGUCGCAGCAACAGGAGAGUGAAAACUCACGAUUGCAAACCGGGGCCCGGAAAACACACGAUCCUGUUCAGCAGACGAGAGCACUAAAGAGACCCCGAGAAGAGCAGGUUUGUGUAUUUCUGUUAAAAGUCGAAAUCAGCUCUAACCUUCAUAGCCAGUUUGAGCCCACCUUGCUAAAAGAGCAGAAGAGAGCCCGAAACACAUCAGUGCGAAACCUUUCUCCAACCCAACGCUAUCAAGAAAAUCCGCCCCUUGUUCAGACUACCAAUCCUACACCCUCUGAUCCCUCUCAGACUUCAGAUAUCACACGCUGGUUAUUGGGUGUCGCGAAGGAUACGGCAGAUCCGCGCAAUCAGCCCGAAGACCAACUGGAAUAUCUCCACAAAAUACAUCGUUUUCUAGCAGAGAACAGGACUGUUCAACGCAAGCGAUCAUCCCCCAGUAUUGCAUCAAGCUCGCAAGAUAAUUUAGGAUACAAUGACUCUAAAUAUACCGAAAAACUUGAAGCAAAUGGAGUUUUCAUGAGGAAAUAUCGAGGUGAGCUUCCAGAAGAAGCCAAAACAUUCAAUGAAGAGAUCCUGCGAAUGCUUGAGAGAGAGCAGUCUCUGCCAAAAGAUUCCAUCUUCGAUGAUGACUGCUUUGACCAAACCAUGGAAUUGAUUCAAGACCGCAACGAGGCUUUCGUAUUCAACACAAUCUCCGAGGUAAUGAUUCCAAAUAUCGGACGAAUGACUGUCAAAGGUGCAAGCCAUCUUGAUCCCCUCAUCCAAAGCUUUGAUGAGGCAUGGAACAACUGUAAAAAAAUCACUCAAACCUAUCCGAAACCAGAUUCUGCGAUAGGAUUCAAGAAGACAGCACUCUCGGCUUCGCAGACCGAAAAGAUUCUGCCUUAUCUUGGAAACGUAGACUCCAAGUCUGAUUUCAGAACUACAUUUUAUAUGCUCUUCGCGUUCCUCACAUUUGAAGUGAAGCGUGGUAACGUUGCACUCCAUAUUGCGGAUCGACAGAAUGCCCAUAGCAUGGCCGUCUCUGUACGAGGCCUUGUUGCACUCUUCAGGCUCAUGGGAAGAGAGCAAGAACUUCAUGGCAAAAUCCUGACCAUAUCUUUUUCCUUUGAUGACCGUUAUAUCAGAGUAUACGGCUACCUUCCUAUAAUCGAAGGUGAAAACACAGAGGUCUGGAGAGAAAACAUUGAUUCAUUCGACUUAACAGCUCGCAGAGGCCAGGACAAAUGGAAAUGCUAUCAAUAAUCCAUGAAUACCUUAAAUAUUGGCCUUCAGCUUCUACAUCGCAUUCGAUCAGCAAUUGAUGAUUGGAAGCCCGACCCCAAGAGCUUGACAGCCUUGCAACACUAUCAAGCACCUUCUUCACCUUCGAGCGUUUCGGGACUUUCGCAAGUGUUCGACGACCAAAAUCUGUCAGAAGAGAAUGAUUCAACUUCUGCCCUGAUGGCGAAUACUGAGUUGGAAGAGACUACACCGGAACCUGCCAGGAAGAAACGACAUGUAGCGGAUGUCUGAGGUUGAGCUGGCAUUAUCAGAUUCAUACAAAUGUGUUUUUGGAACGGCGAUUCAGUUUGACAUCCAUUAGCAUCGAAUUGCAUGGUUCAAAGUAUAGAGUGCUUGUACAUUAUAGUUAUACUGGAAUCUCUCGGAAAGAAGAGGCGACCGAUAAGAGGUGUUUGAGAUUAAGUCGGUAUCAUUACAUUAGACUUAUAUAUACAAAGUGUAACUAUUAAAAUUGCAAGUUGCUUUUUCUCA